CCUGUGGCCGGCUCUGUCCGCGUGCAGCUGUAACGGACCGAACCCUCAGAACUGUUUAAACAUAAACACUAAACAAACGGGAGCAGAAAAGGCCUUAAAGACGUUAAAAUCCAAACGCUGCGUCGCUGUUUUGAUCAUUUAAAUUUUGGAUAUUCACCGGAGACGCACAACUUGCAACCCACGAGCUGUCAAACUUUAUUUUCGGAGACGGUUAGAGACACAAAGACCCGAGUCCUGCCGAGUCGAGAUGACACAAGAACUUGAAAAACUGCUCUCUCAGCUGACAGAGCCGGACAAUGCGGUUAUUCAGCAGGCCACGAUUCAGCUCAAACAGGCGUUUAAAGACCCUGCCAUCAUCCCCGCCCUGUGUGCUGUCAUCAGUGGAUCUCAGAGUUCACAGAUUCGUCAGACGGCUACAGUGAUGCUGAGAUUAAGGGUGAAAAAACAUUGGAAGAAAAUAAGUCCCAGUGACAGAGAGAGCUUGAAAGCAGUGGUUCUGCAAGCAUUUAUGCAGGAGACAGAACACUCUGUGCAGCACUCGCUCUCCCAGCUCUGUGCUGUGAUGGUAAAACAUGAGACUCCUGACCGUUGGCCGGCUCUGCUGCAGCUCCUGAAUCAGGCCACUAAGAGCGACAAUCCUCAUGACAGACAGGUGGGGCUGCUGUUACUGGCUAAAGUCGUGGAGUCAAACCCUGAGCCGUUCAAGCCUCAUUAUCAUCAGCUGCUGCAGCUUCUGUCCACUGUGCUACAGGACCUGAACAACCCCACAGCUCUGUUCUACUGCAUCUCCACCAUCACCUCCAUCACCCCCUACACCGGCUCAGAGGAGAUGAACCAAAUGCGCUCCAUGAUUCCAAGCCUCAUCGCUGCUUUGAAAUCACUUAUCAAGGAAAAUCAGGAUCAAGCAGGUGAGGCCAUGGAGGUGUUCAAUGAGCUUAUGGAGAGUGAGGUUUCCAUAAUUGUACCACAUGUCGCUGCUAUUGUAAAGUUCUGCCUGGAGGUGGGCUCUGACACCACUCUGGAUGCCUCACUGCGCGUCAAAGCUCUCUCCUGUCUCACUUUCCUCAUAAAGUUAAAGAGUAAAGUUGUGAUUAAGCAGAAACUGCUGAGUCCCAUUCUGCAGUCCAUUUUCCCUGUGCUCACUGCAGCGCCCCCUCCUGGUGAACAGGAUCCUGAGGAUGAAGAGGAUGAGGAUGAUGGUGAAGAACACGACAGCCCUAAACAUGUUGCUGCUCAGAUUAUCGACACAAUGGCACUUCACAUGCCUCCAGAGAAACUGUUCCAGCAGCUGAUGCCUCUGGCUCAUGCAGCUCUGUCCAGUGAAAACCCCUAUCAGAGGAAGGGAGGCCUCAUGUGCUUGGCUGUGUUGGCAGAGGGCUGUGCCGACUACAUCCGCACCAAGAUGCUGUCGUCGAUGCUUCAGACAGUUUGCCAGAGUCUUUCUGAUAGUAACCAUGUGGUGCGCAGUGCUGGACUUUUUGCUCUUGGACAGUUCUCAGAGCAUUUGCAGCCGGACAUCAGUAAAUAUUGUGCUGAGCUGAUGCCUCUGCUGCUGGGAUACCUGUCGUGUUUGAACCAGGCCAAGAUUGUUCAUGUCACAAAAGCCUUUUAUGCCCUGGAAAACUUCAUGGAAAAUCUGGGUGCUGACAUUGAGCCUUACCUCUCCACCUUGAUGGAAUCCAUGUUGUCCACCCUCAACAACACGGAAAGCCUCAGGAUCAAGGAGCUUGCUGUGUCUGCUAUUGGAGCCAUAGCCAAUGCUGCUAAAGAGCUCCUAGUUCCCUAUUUUCCUCCAAUUAUUGAAAGUUUGAAGGGUUUUCUCACUGCCACCUCAGAGGAGAUGAGGCCUCUGCAAACUCAGUCUUUGGACACUCUGUCUGUUUUGGCUCGCACCAUUGGCAAAGAUGUUUUCAGUCCUCUUGCUGCAGAAUGUGUCCGUCUGGGCCUCAACCUCACGGACAACAUCGAUGAUCCUGAUCUCAGGCGCUGCACGUACAGUUUAUACUCUGCUGUGUCCACUGUCAGCCCUGAGAGCCUGACUCCUCAUCUCACUGCCAUCACCACCGUCAUGGUGAUGGCCCUCAAGUCCAACGAGGGAAUCACGGCACACGUCGAGGAAGACAAGACAUUUGUGCUUCUGGACGAUGAAGAUGAUGAUGAAGAUGAGGAGGAGCAUGAAGAGAAAGAUGUCAGUGACUUUCUGGAAGAUGAUACUGAACCUGAAGUCCCCGAGGCCUCACGGUUCACUGUGGAAAACGCCUACAUUGAUGAGAAGGAAGAUGCCUGUGACGCUCUCGGAGAAAUUGCUGUGAACACUGGUGCUGCAUUCCAGCCGUUCCUGGAGACCUGUUUUGAGCAGGUGUACGAGAUGAAAGAUUAUGCUCAUGAGGACGUGCGCAAGGCAGCAAUGGGAACCAUGGGCCAGUUUUGUAAUGCUCAGCAUAAAGUGUGGAAGGAAAAUCCCACUGAGGACAACUACCAGGCUCUACACAAGUUGUUGGAUUUGGUGAUGCCCUGCCUCCUGACGGCCGUAAAGUCUGACGAGGAGCGGCAGGUGGUGAUGGGAGUCCUCGACACCAUUAACAGUAUAGUAAAAUCCUGCAAAGCAGAGGUGUUCAAAAACCCCACACGACUCAAAGAAAUUAGCAGCACAAUUACAGAUGUGCUAAAGAAAAAGACGACUUGUCAGGACGGUGGUGAUGAUGCAGAUGAUGAUGAGCAACAGGCCGAGUACGACGCCAUGCUGCAGGAGUACGCUGGAGAAGGGAUCCCCCUGGUGGCAGCUGCUGUCCCUGCAGACACCUUUGCUCCUUUCCUCAAUGACCUGCUGCCUCUGAUCAUGAGCAAAGCUAAAUCCUCUUGUACUGUGGCCGAGCGGUCCUUCUCAGUGGGCACUAUUGGAGAGUUACUGGCGGCUCUGGUAAAGGCGCCGGGUGGGCGGGGCCUGGCGGGCCGACUGUCCAAUAGGCUUCUUCCCGUGCUGGUGGCUGGAGCGAAGGACUCUGACAAUGAAGUGCGUAACAACAGCGUCUACGCUUUGGGCUGUUUGGCCGAGGCCGCUGGGCCGAUUGUAGCAUCAGACUAUCCCAUGAUGCUCUCUGUGUUUUCUAAAUUGCUGGCCAACGAGUCUGACCUCAGAGUGACAGACAACCUGUGUGGAGCCCUCUGCAGGAUGAUCAUGGGUAAUGCAGAUGCCGUCCCACUGGAGCAGGUUUUUCCUGCUUUGAUGGCUCGGCUCCCUCUCAAAGAAGACCUGGAGGAAAACAAGACGGUUUACAGCUGCCUGACCAUGAUCUACAGCCGAACUCCUGCUGUGAUCGUGCAGCAGAUGAAGCCGAUCGUGGCCACUUCAACCCACGUCUUGGGCCAUAAAGAUGUCGACCAAGAGACCCAGAGCACAGUGGCCCUGCUCCUGAGACAGCUCGCCCAGCAGCACUCCGCAGACUUCCACACAGCAGUGACAUCACUUCCUGGAGAUCAGCAGGCCAAACUCAGCGCAGCCAUCUCCUCCUAGCCCCCCCUCCUCCUCCUCCUCCUCCCAGCCCCAUCCUCCUCCUUAUCACCUUUUGACAUAAAUGGGACUGAAUUUAAUCAAACUAAAUACAGCACUUGAACCAUUUCUCCACCGCAGUUAUUAACUUCUCUGACUAAUUAAUUUGUAUUUAUUUGUUACUAGCAUGAGUUGAUUUUAUUAUUUUAAGAGUUGGAUUUACCUGCCGUUGUGUUACAAAUGCGGUUUCCAAUCGGUUUUCUUAUGUAUGAAAUAGCACAGUUUGCUUUUGUCCCAUUUUAACUCCACCUGGACUGAUUUGUGGUUCAGAAUUGACAUGAAUUGAAUCUCUUGAUAAAUAUAAUAAUUUUGUAUAACCCUUUCCGGCCCUUUUCUGUUGUUAAGAUCUAAUGUACAGCACAAAAGCACACAUUUGUACAAAACAUUUACAUUUGACAGUAUAAUAAUAAUAAUAAUAAUAGUGCUGUGGGGUCUGUAAGCCUUUUGUCGUCAGCCUCCACUCUGAUUCAUCGGAGCAGUUGGCGACUCGCUCCUCCUCAGAUGUCCCGUUGUGCUUUGGUACCAUUGGACUGUCGGUUUUCCAUAUUCAGCGCCAUAGUCAUCUGCACUGGCUCCAGUUCAUUUUCUCCUGGCAAAGACACAAAAACAGGAGCAACAAACACCUCCUUAGUGACGAUGGGAACUUUAUCACAUGUACCUCCCAUGAAUAACACAGGCCAGUUUAUAAUCUAGCGUCGGGAUAACAUUUUGAAGCUUUUGUACCUGUGUAAUGUUGUUUCCAAGGCACAAUGUCCAUCCCCGUCCGGCAGAAUGAGCGGUCAGUGUGGGCCUCGGUGCUGUAUAACACUUCCUGCAGCGUCUUGUCUCCGGGUUUUUGAGCUUUCACACGAACCUGCGAAACAUUUCACCUUAAUAUGUUGAGUUCAGCAAAGCAAAG